GAAGCAGUUGCUGCCGCCGUCACGAUGUAGGACGGAGGAUUUACCCCUCCGAGAGUUCGUUUCAGAUACACCACAAAGAGAGAUGAAAUUCAGAACAGUGAAAUAGCGUUUAAAUCACCGUGUUUUUCGUUUUUUAUCAUGAGAUGAGUGAAAUGUAAAUAAUUGCUAGUGCCUUGGGACAGCUAAAAAAACAAAACAACAUUGCAGGAUGUGAAGCGAUUAUAAGUAAUUUGCUGAUGUUUUGAUCCCCGAGGGAGUUCUAGAGAAUCCGUUCUCCUAAAAAAAAAAGUGGACUGCACAGCUAUUCUUCCAAUAGCUCUUCUAAAACUCGCAUUAGUUUACCAGACUGAUCGUCACCGCUUCCUGUUCCUUUCCUUUUCGUAAGUAUCCAAAAGCCAAAAGAGCGUUUCAGGCGCAGCUCGGUCAGAACUUGAGCAGAGAAGGGAGCUGGAGCUGCAAAGCUAUGGAUUUCUAAAGCCGAGAAAGAGUUUUGAUAAAACGGUGAGCAGGAAGUCCGUGGGCAGAGGCAACGAUGACUGCCAACAAGAAUGCCAAAGCUGCCCCCCGAGCUGGAGGGAAUAAAGUGUCCCGGGAUAUUCCUGAAAGGUGCCAGUCUGCAUCUCCACCUCCCAUUCUCUCUCCGGUGAAAGGGCCAGCGCACCCUCUGAGUGACAGUGAAGAUUCCUACCAGCAGAGCAGGUAUGCCAAGGCUGCAGGGAACAAACUCCUCCAUCUGAGGAACUGGAGCAACAGAGCGUCAACUUUGAGGAGCUGCUCCACACUGCCUUCUGACAUCGAAUCACAGAGCAGACUCCUGAAAUCCGUGAGCAUCGGCUGCCUGGACAACAAGUUAUCGAUCUACAAACCUCCGGGGGUGGGAGGUCAGGACCAGAAGGAGAACCUGCAGGAAGGCUCAGCUGGGGCUGGAAUAAGCACCAGCCAGCUGGGCUGGAGCACGCUUUCCCUGGGACCGGCCUCCAGCCACAGGAGCCUUUCCCUCAGCAGGAGCAGCGUCUGUUCCCAGGCAGUCGGCAUCCGCAAAAAGAUUUCCGAAUGGGAGUGCAGGAAGGCCGCUCCGUCUAGGAUGAGUCUCUGCCUGGACAAGAGACCACUGGGCGAGCGAGUGGGGGGCAGUGAGGGCUGCCCGAGCCUUCUGUCAUCGCCGUGCAGUGAGAAGACCUUUGACUUCAAGGGCAUAAGGAGAAUGAGCACAACGUUUUCUGAGUGCUCCUACCCUGAAACCGAAGAGGAGGAGGCCUUGGACAGAGAGACCCCCAAAAGGUUUGAAAAGAGACUGAGCAAGACAGAGACGUUGGGGCUUUUCUCCCGCUCCUCCACGAGGAAGGAGACAUCUGCUGUCCUGAACCGGAUACAAAAGAUUGAGCAGGCCCUCAAAGAGAGCCCAGGCCGGGGCCCGCCGCAAUACCCCAGCAGCUGCUAUGCACCGGACAAGACACGGAAAAAAAGCUUCACAAUCGGCCCCCCUGAGGACUCAGACAGCACUUGCACUAGCAAAAGGGGCAGCAUCAGUUCUGUGGUAACAGAACCAGACUGCACCCCUGGGACUGACAAGCUGGCGAAAGUAAAGCAGAGGUUCAGUAUGAGUUCGGGACGCUCCUGUAGCCCAGAGCUACUUCCCGAUAUCCCAGGAAGCACUCCCGUGAAUCCUGUGCCAAAACCCAAGCGCACCUUCGAGUACGAGGCAAACGGAAACCAUAAGAGUAUGCCAAGCAAUGGUCUACCUCCCACCCCACCCUCUGCCUCUCCUCCCCCUCUCCCCUCAACCCCUGCUCCCCCUAUCACACAGAGGCAGAAGAAAGAGGGCAGCUUCAGUAAGAAGCUCCAGAACAGAAAGUCCUUUGAGUCUGAAGAUGCGGCAAGUCUCCAGUCUUCAUAUCCGUCUUCACCCACGGAAAAUGGUACGCCCCCGUUAGAGACCCAUAAUCACCUAAGCUCCAAAAGCACCUCAGAAGAAAAUGCUUAUGAAGACAUUGUAGAGUCCCCAAAGGAGAACCCAUACGAGGACGUGGACUUGAAGGGGCGAGGUGCAGGCCGAAAAUCCAAGGUAUCUGAGAACUCCCUCGACCCGCUGAACAGGAUGUGGACCCCACAGGACAGGAAGUACACUACUCCUCCCCAGCUUCCUUCCAAACCUAGCAGCCAGUCCCUGCGCCUGCCUGGCCCAUCGGACAGGAAGAGCCACCGGAUGUCCCGCCUGCCGAAGAGGCACAGCCAUGAUGACAUGCUGCUCCUGCCACAGCUCAGCCUGCUGGACGACAGCCUGAGCACUGCUAGUGACACUCUCGCCACACGACGUCAUAGGAGAGUUCCCAAGCUCGUCUGCAGGAUUAACUCCAUCUACAAUACAAAAAGAGGGAAGAAGAGACUCAAGAAACUUUCAUUAUCAAAUAUUGAAGUUUCGUCAUUGAGAGAUGACAACAGUGAGAGUGAGAGUGACUCUGAUGACAGGUUCAAAGCGCACACACAGCGUCUGCUCCAGCUGCAGUCUAUGCUGAGACGAGCGCCCAGCUACCGCACUCUGGAACUCCAGCUCAUUGAGUGGCAGGAGCGCGAACUCUUCGAAUACUUUGUUGUUGUAUCUUUGAAGAAAAAGCCCACCAAGAACUCCUACACCCCUGAAGUCACAUACCAGUUCCCAAAGCUAGAGAGGCCCACCAAACAGAUGAGAGAGGCAGAGCAGCGUCUUAAAGCCAUCCCUCAGUUCUGCUUUCCCGAUGCCAAGGACUGGAACCCAGUGUCAGAAUACAACAGUGAGACUUUCUCCUUCAUGCUAACUGGAGAAGAUGGCAGCAGAAGAUUUGGGUAUUGUAGAAGACUACUGCCUAGUGGGAAGGGCCCUCGCUUACCUGAAGUUUACUGUGUCAUCAGCAGGCUUGGGUGUUUCGACUUGUUCUCGAAGAUCCUGGAUGAGGUGGAGAGGCGAAGGGGGAUUUCUGCCGCCCUGGUGUAUCCCUUCAUGAGGAGUCUGAUGGAGUCCCCUUUCCCUGCACCCGGGAAGACUAUCAAAGUCCGGACCUUCCUGCCAGGAGCAGGGAAUGAGGUGAUUGAGCUGCGUCGACCCAUGGACUCGCGGCUGGAGCACGUGGACUUUGACAGCCUCUUCAGCUGCCUGAGUGUGCGGCAGGUCAUCAGGGUUUUUGCCUCUCUGCUGCUGGAGCGCAGAGUCAUCUUUGUGGCAGAUAAGCUCAGCACCCUGUCCAGCUGUGUGCAUGCAGUGGUGGCCCUGCUCUACCCCUUCUCCUGGCAGCACACCUUCAUCCCCGUCCUGCCUGCCUCCAUGGUGGACAUCGUCUGCUGCCCAACCCCCUUCCUGGUGGGCCUGCUGUCCACAUCCCUCCCCAAGCUGAAGGAACUUCCUGUGGAGGAGGCUUUAAUGGUGGACUUGGGAACAGAUCGUUUCAUUCGACAGAUGGAUGAUGAGGCCACAUUGUUGCCACGGAAACUACAGGCUGCUCUGGAGCAAGCACUGGAACAGAGAAAUGACCUAAUCAGUCAGGACUCAGACAGCGAAUCAGACGAAGAAAGCAACACCUUGAACAGUGUGGUGUCGGAGGCCUUCAUCCGCUUCUUCCUGGAGACCAUUGGACACUAUUCCCUCUUCCUCACCCAGAACGAGAGAGGGGAGCGGGUGUUUCAGAGGGAGGCCUUCCGGAAGUCUGUGGCUUCCAAGAGUAUCCGUCGCUUCCUGGGAGUGUUCAUGGAGUCCCAGAUGUUUGCUGGGUUCAUCCAGGACCGGGAGCUGAGGAAAUGCAGGGCCAAAGGUCUCUUUGAACAGAGGGUAGAGCAGUAUUUAGAAGAGCUGCCCGACACUGAGCAGAGUGGUGUGAAUAAAUUUCUGAAAGGACUUGGAAGUAAAAUGAAGUUCCUUCACAAGAAGAACUAAAGAAGCCACAUUCUACUGUACUUUUGAACCAAAUGUCAAGACCAAGGAGCCUUGUACAAACGUCUAUUGCAAAGCGUGCACAUUUGAAAACUUAAAUUUAUUCAAAAAUCAAUUUCUUGUACAGCAAAGUUUUCAAGCUGCAAGACAUUAUGUAAAUAGUUCACUGUAAGCUGGCUGCCAUACUAUUUUAAAUGAUUUUACUUAGGCCUGUGGUAAUUAUUUUGUAUAUGACCGAAUAAAACAGGUGCUCGUUAUAAUAGGAUGAGUUGGUAGUGUAUGCAUGGAUGGUACAAUUAAAUGUGCAUUUGACUGUUGCAGAAUAACCACUGAUUUAACAGAAUGCUUGAGGAGAAUCCAGUCUGUUCAGUGAAAAUGAAACAAAUGAGCGCAAGCCUACAUGCUAUAUUAUUGCUUUAUUAGUUUGAGAAGCUUUCCUCAUCACAAACGAGGUACUCUGCAAGUCAGAAAUCCCCCUGUAAUUUCAAUAGCUAUCAGUCAGUAAACCGUUUUGUACAUGUAAUGCACUACUUAAAACAUAUGAAGAAAAUUAUCUGCUAUUUGUCUCAUGUCUGAUCAAUUUUACAACUGGUAACUGUCAAAUAUGUAAAAUUUACAGAAAAUAAAGUAUGUGUAAGAAUAA